AUGCACCAGGCCCUCCUCGGCCUUCUCGUCUCCCCCAGGGGAGGCGGCCACUACAUGGUCGCGGAGCUCCAGCCCAUCAUCGGCUUGGAUGAAGCCACGCUCCUUUGCUUCUCCACAGAGGUUGGGGAGUGGAUCGAGAAGACCGUCCAUUACCCGCUCCCGCCACGCCCGCUGGCUCCCAUCUGCGUGGUUUCGCACCACGGGAGGCUCUGGUGGGUGGACCUCUCAUGGGGCGUCAUCACCUGCGACCCCUUCGCCGACGAGCCGGUCCUGGGCUUCGUUCCGUUCCCGCCGGGAAGGGUCCUGGAGUGCAGGGAAGGUUGGGGUGUCGCCGACAAGUUCCGUUACGUGGGGGUGAGCGGCGGCAAGCUGCGUUUCGUCGACAUGUACAUGGGCAAGCGUGCUGGUGUUGGUGGCAGCGGCACGCACACUCCCACUCCCACGCGCCCUGAGCUGGGCGAUCCAGACUCCAGGGAGUGGACGCUGGAGCAGGAGGUGGGCUUUACAGAGAUCUGGGCCGAUGAGAGCUACAAGGCGGCCGGGCUGCCGGAGAAGGUCCCCAUCGUCGCGCUCAUUCACCCCAAGAACCCCGAUGUGGUCUACUUCUUCCUCGAGGAGCACCUCUUUGGUGUUGACAUGCGUGCUCGCAAGGUGGUGGAGUGCCAGGUGUAUGGUCUUGUUGCGCCUCCGAGCAUCCGCCUGGCCAGCCGCUUCGUUCGGGCUUGGGAGCUGCCACGGGCGCUCUCCUCCUCAGGCGAGUGGUCUAAUGGCAUCGACUUGGCUGAGAGCGCUAAUGCACGCCCAUACCAGCCCACGCCAGGGGACUACCACUUGGUGGGGGACACCAGGCAGACAUUCAUAGGUUGA